CAUUUACGAUUACUUUUCCCUUUCUUUUUCCCCAAGAUGAUGAAUGCACCUCUUCCACUUACUCAAGGAAUAUAUAUAAAGCUAAGAAGACACGUUACCCCAGUUGUUAAAAGAAACUUAUAAGAAUUAAGCAUUUUACAAGCUGAAAAGUGUACAGUGGAUUAGUUCAAAAUGCUAAAGGUGUUUAUCAUCGUCAUCUUAGUUUUUGUUGCUGACUGUCAAAGAAUUGUCAUACCACCAGCUAACUAUGAAAACAGAGUAAUAACGCCUUACCAGUUCAGUUACACAGCUCCAGCUAUAGGAGGUGUUAGCUCUCAUCAACAGACUGGAGAUGGAGCAGGCCGAGUUACUGGAUCUUACUCUAUUGAACAGGAAGACGGACUAGCCCGAAUUGUAGAUUAUGUAGCAGAUGAAUAUGGAUUCCGAGCCUCCAUAGUUACAAACGAACCAGGCACUAGUAACCAAAGCCCUGCCGAUGUCACAAUCUCUUCUAGUGCAGUAAAUAGUUUCUCAGGUACUGCCUUAGCCAUCCAGAGAGGUCCACCCAUCGAAUUAGGGGUAAUUCCUGGCAGAUUUCCCGCGCGUGGAGCACCUUUUCGCCUUCUACCAAUUUAUAAAAGAUAAAAUUGUUUUACACCCUUCAAAUAGUAGAAUAAAAUAGCAAAAGUUAUUAUGUAAAA